AUGAUACCUGGAGGCUUAACAGAAGCUAAACCUGCAACUCCAGAAAUCCAGGAGAUGGUUAAUGAGAUUAAACCACAGCUUGAAGAACAAACAAAUGAGACUUAUGAAGAAUUUAAAGCUAUAGAGUAUAAAACUCAAGUGGUUGCCGGAGUAAAUUUCUACGUGAAGGUACAAAUAGGUGAUAAUACGUAUCUUCACCUGAAAAUAUUCAGAAGUCUGCCUGGACAAAGUGAGUCUUUGACACUUACUGGUUUCCAGACUGGCAAAAGCAAAGAUGAUGAACUGACAGGCUUUUAG